UGAGUGAGCAGUGAAUGAAUGAACGAAUCGAUAGUCCGAUAGUCAGUAUGUUUUGACCCAAUUCUUAGCAUUUGUGACACUUUUGCCACUAUUUUCGUGAUUUGCUUUCAUUUGGCGUUUAAUUUAGUUUUGGUUUUGUUUUAUCCGUUUAUAUAACCAUUGAUUUCAAUGUAAUUCAAAAUGAAAAGAGUUGUCAUAUUUGUGAACGGAUCCAAAAUCGACGGCAAAGUGUUUUCAGUGGACCACUCGUUGGAUGAGUUGCUGACCAACUCUUCGCAGAAGUUUGGCGUCCAAUGCAAACGUCUCUUCACUAAAGAUGGCGGAGAGAUAGACGACAUCCAACUCGUCAAAGACGAUGACAUACUCUAUGUCUCAGACGGACAGCCGUUCAUCAAACCCACCGCCGAUGACACCAACAAAGACACCAAUAAAAGUAUUAUAAACAUAAACUCCGCCAACGAAUGGAUUCUUCUGAAUAUCGGCGGAAAGAUCUUCUCGACGACGAGAAGCACAUUAGUGGCCAAAGAGCCGAAUUCAAUGCUCGCCCGUAUGUUUGCCAUCGAAAACGACAACUCAAUGAUCCUCCCGUCGCCCAAAGACAAGAGCGGAGCCUUUCUUAUCGACAGAAGUCCCGAAUAUUUUGAGCCAAUACUCGGUUACCUAAGACACGGACAGCUGAUCGUCGACCGCAAUGUCAACCCUCAGGGCGUCUUAGAAGAGGCAAAGUUUUACGGAAUCACUUCACUUAUACCCGAAUUGGAGUCAAUGAUCAUCGAAGAGAUUCCCGACUCGACGACAGCGCCGCUCACGAGACGCGAUGUCAUCAACGCUAUCGUCAAGACGUCCACCACUUCGGAGCUCCGGUUUCAGGGCGUGAACUUAGCCGGCGCUGACUUAUCGCGACUCGAUUUAAGUUAUAUUAAUUUCAAAUACGCCAAUCUUAAGGCCGCCCGACUUCAGGUCCGUUUGCCACACACUUUGCCCUACAUUUGGAUUGCGUUUAACAUAUGUACAAAUAUGGAGGAACCGCACGGAAAUAGGACUAAUAUGGAAGGAGUGAAUCUAAAAGGGGCUAAUCUGGAGGGAAGUCAAAUGGCAGGGGUUAACCUCAGGGUUGCGACUCUGAAGAACUCGAAUUUGCAAAACUGUGAUCUUAGAGGGGCGGUGUUGGCCGGCGCUGAUUUA